AGUCGUCUUUAUUCCCAGGUCUGAAAGCCCGGCGUUUCUAGGACAACGGCUCAUAAACAAAUGAGCGUGGUGUUUCCCACUUUGUUUGGAUAGAAACAAAAGCAUUUAUAUCACAAAUUCGACGGAGCUGUCGAGCACACCUGAGGAAUGUCUUUCAUGAGCCAGCGGCGCAACAUCUCUCACAACCACCAUCAGAAGAUGAUCCUGGACUACCGCAAACAGGAGGAAAUGCGUGAAGAUCAGACCAAACGCAUCGCCAAAGAGCGGCAGCUGCAAGCCAACCUCCAGUGCGAAGAGAGAGUCGAGAAAAAGCGCUUCCUGCGCAAGAUGCAAGAUGAGGAGUAUGGCAAACAAAUCGAGGAGUCACUUCUCAGGGCAGAAGAGGACAGGAAGUUCAAAGAGAGGCAGCUUGAACAAGAAGAGAGGAUGGCAAAGGAGCUGGCGAGAAUUAAUAAUGAGAAACUCCGAGAUGAGAAGAUGAGGCAGUACAUUAAAGAGAACAGCGUUGAGCUUCGAGAGCUAGAGUUGAAGCUCAAAUCUGCAUACCUGAACAGAGAACGGGCAGCACAGAUGGCAGAAAAGGAGGCCAUGCGAUAUGAGACCAUGCGACAAGAGGCUACUAUUGCCCGUAAGAUGAAGGACGAGCAUGAGCGUUCAGAAAUGGAAAAGGAGAAGCAGGAGCAGAAGAAGUAUGAGGAGGUGGUGCGUUACCAGCAAGAACUUGAGCGACAGCUUGAGGAGAAGGAGCGCAAGAGGCAGGAGGCCUAUGACGAGUUUCUUAAAGAGAAACUCAUGGUGGACGAAAUAGUGCGUAAGAUCUAUGAGGAGGAUCAGAUGGAGCUUCAGUUGCGACUUGAGAAAGUGACGGCCACUCAGAGAUAUAUUGAAGAUUUUAAAAAGCAGCAAGCAGAGUGGAGACGAAUGGAACGAGAAAAGGUGGAGGCAGAGAACAGGCGCAUCAUUGAGUUUGCCCAAUACCAGCAAAGGAAGGAGGAGGACAGGAUGGCCAAAGUUAGAGAGCGAGAGCAGGCGAAAGAAACCCUGCACAAAAUGCUCUCUGAGCAGAUCGAGAUGGAAAAAAGACAGCGUGAGAAGAUGGAGCGUGUCCGUGAGGAACUCUACUUGGAAGAGCAGGCAGAGGCUGCAAGACAACAAGAAAUUGAAGAGAUGGAGAAGAGGAUCCGGCAACGCUUGGAGCUGCAGCAGACGCGUCGGGAGAUGAUGGCUUUCAAGCAGUUGCGCAUACAAGCCGAGAAAGAGGAAGAGGAGGCCUUCAGACAGAUGAUGAUGGCCAAGUUUGCAGAGGAUGACCGAAUUGAGCAGAUGAAUGCCCAGAAGCGCCGUAUGAAACAGUUGGAACACAAACGGGCUGUGGAGAAGCUGCUGGAAGACAGGAGACAGCAGUAUCUGGCUGAACAAGAGAGGGAGGAAGAGGAGAGGGCAAUGGAGCAGGAGAGGGAGGCUCAGCGUCGGAAGAUCAUCGAAGAGGAGAGACAGAGGCUCCUAAAACAGCAUGCGACAAAACUGCUGGGAUACCUACCAAAGGGUAUUUUCAAAGAAGAUGAUCUGGAGCACUUUGAUGAGGAUUUCAAAAACAGUUUCAAACAACGACAGGCUGAUAUUUUCUCAGAUGAGGGUUGGGGAGAUGAAUAGCAGUAGGGUAAUUACUGUCAUGACCACCAGAUGGCGCUCUUUUUAAUUCAAAUCUGUUGGUGCUGAUAUACUUGGCAAUGCAUUUUGAGUUGUUAAGUCCGUCUGCCACUUCCACAAGCUAUUGGAACAAAUUUCAUACAUAAUUGAACUUUGUCUUGAAUAAAUGUAUACAGUAUAUUCAAACUAUAUUGUAUAGUGUGUUACUCUAACGACAAACUCAUUUAGGCUAGUGAUUUUGGUUUAUGAAAAAACAUUGGCCUCAAACGAUGCUACCUAUUAAACAGAUGUGAAAAUCUGAAUCGCCUAAGAUGAAUUAAUCACAUUCUCUGUAUGUAUUUAAUGUUCAUACUGGGCAAUACAUUGUUUUUUCCCUUAUUAUCUGAACCUUUAAAGGUAAAUUUCACUUGGGAAAAUGUUUAGUGGUGAUACAAACCAUGUUCAUGUCCAUGUUGUUUUGUAGACUUGGUUAGCCUUUCUCAAUCAUUAAAAAUAAAACAAGGAUUUCCUUU